AUGAAAAAGUGGGAGGAGGAGAGAAGAAAGAAGAUCUAUGAAAAGAAGUUAAAGCAGGCAAAGUCAAUAGUUAACACCAACAAUCGACCAAAGUCAAGUAAGACACCAGGACUACAUUCUAAGAAUAGUAUGCGCCAGAGCACUGCUGGGUCUACUAGGAGGAACGUUAAUAGAGCAUCUACGGAAUAUUACAUUUCUCCAGUUUCAGAGCCGGCAUCUCAUAAGCUGAGCGAGAUUAUGUCAGAAGAGACCAGCAUGGAAUAUGAAGAAGUCCCUCUAGAUCAAACACUUAUUUUUAAAUUGCUCCAAGCUUUCAAACUUCAGCAGUAUGCAAAGAAGAUGAGAGAAUUCGGAUUUGGCAUGGAGGUAUACAAGCUUGCAAUACUAACUGAGAAAGAAAGGGAUAAAUUGAUAGAAGACUUAAGACCUCUCCCAGGUCAUGCCUUCAAAUUUGAGGACAUGUUCACAUUUCUCGAAGCAGUUUACCCCAGAGAUAGCGCAAGGAGAGAAUUAAAGAAACCUGGCCUCUCUACCCAGUAUACAAAAUUUAGAGACAACAGAAUAUUAGCAACUUCAAAUAAAAUUCAUCAUAAGACAAAGAAAAAGAAGAAAUCCUUAAUCAAAAGAUAUGAAAGACUUGAUCCUUAUAAAUAAAGAGAUGAUCAACCAAAGAUUUUUAGAUAAUUUAAAAGUUAAGGGAGGUGUGAACAUUGCUAAUAUCUCCAACCAAGUGGUUACACCCAUGCCUGUCAUUCAGAGUAUUUUCCCACCUGAUCAAUUUGGAUAUGAGGAUAUAUUAAGUAAUUGAGCUCUUGCUUAUUCUGAAGAGACAAGUGUUCCCUCUAUAUAUAAUAUCGGGACAAAUCAAGCUAUAAUCGAAGAAGAAGAUGAAGAGGAUGUAACCAAGGACAAAACUCAUAUUACAAAGAGCAUUGAUGAAGAGAUCGACAGCCUUAUUCAUCAUUAUGCUGGAAAUGCAGUUGGCAAUAUAUCUCAGCUCAAGCAAAAAGAUAUUGUAUCUGCACAGAAGAGAGCUCAGCAAAGGCUUAAAGAAAGUAAGAAGAAAGAAGAAGUUAAAAAGGAUAAGGUCCAAAAGAAAGUAAAACAAGAAAAGAUUAAGAAAAGAAAAGAGCUUGCAAAGAAAAGAAAGAGGGAAAUUCAGACCAUGCAUCAAAAGAAAAGAAAGAAGGAUGCUCCUCAGAGCACUGCAAAUCAAACUUUAGAUAGACUUCAUACAACUGCUGAAGCCUCUAACUCUGGUGAAGGCUUAGGUCAAACUGAACCUGGUAGAAAUAUUUCUGAUGAUAUUUCUUCUCAAGAUGCAAUCUUGCAUUUAGAGGAUACCACAAAAGAGAUGGAAAGCUCUUCAAACCAUCUGGAAGAAUCUUCUAAUAAAUAUGCUAGCAAUAAAGAGGCCACGAAUGAAGAACUUCUUUCGCAUUUAAAAUAAGCAGAAUACUGAGCCUGCAAAGUCAAGAUACACAGGUGCUGAAAAUGACGGAUUCGAUUUCGAAUACGAAGAUGAUUUUGAGUUUGAUGAUCCUCAAAAUUCCUUUCAAGGUACAAGACCAGAACACAAAGAAGAAACUAAAAGGAAUGAGCAAAUCCAUAAAUCCUUAGAGGAUCAAGGCGGAGUUAUGGCAGAUAAUGGCACUCCAGAGAUACAUCAAAAUAAAGCAGAGGAGCAGAAAGAAGAGUCUAAUAUUACAGACUCACCUCCUGCUGUGAUGGAUAGCAAAUUUGAAUCGAACAAAUUCACUUCAAAUUAUGCUCCAGCGAAUGAUAAUUUAGAUGGAAGCACAGUGGUCAUAGCUGAUUGUACCCCUUCGCAAGAGGAGCUUGAAAAACAUGUCCCAGAAUCCCCAAUGAUUGAUAAGUCUACUAAAGAAAAACUCAAACAGCUAGGUCAGAGUCUUGAUUCUAAACAGAUCCACCAAGCAAUUGGAAAUAUUGAUAUGAGAAGAUUAUGAAAAUGAUUCUCCAAAGCUAUCUGAAAACACAUUGAAUUCUCAGAAGGAUUCUUAUUCCUUGAGGAUCUCAAGAAUGUGACUAAGCAGAUCUAUGCAGAACAUGGAAUUCCAGAAGAAUCAGUAAAUUUCUCAUAUGGGCAAGGAAAUAAUCUAAAAAUUGAUAUUCAGAAAUCAGAUCUUACGCCUCAACAGAAAGCAGAGAUGAGAAAAGAAGGUGAAAUCAAAAACACAGAGAAUUUCAACAAAAUUGCUGGCAUAUUUGGAGAGGAGCCUCCAAAAGAGGAACACAAAACAGGAAAAGUAUUUGAAUAUCCUGACAAACCCCAGGAUCAAUCUGUCCCUGAUGAAGAGAUAGAUUAUAGCCACGAACAUUUAGAGGAGUUCAUGAGAAGUCUCAAUGAACAUAAUAAGAAUGCUAAUUUUAAGCAAGGGCUAGAAAAUCCAAAUGAUGAGCCUUCUGAUUAUGGAAACAAUACUCUUAAUCCACAACAGACAGAUCAUUUAAUAAACGAGUUUCUGCAAAAUGUCUCAAAUAACCAGAAAAAUGCUCAGAAUCCAAAGAAGGAAUCAAAUGAAGUUUUAACUAGAAGAGCCGGCUCAGAUAUUUUAUCCUCAAAUCCUGAUAGAAUAAUGAGUCAUCACACUGGUGCAACUCUGAGUAACUCUCUUGCUUACUCUCAGUCAAAUGCAAGUGCUCUUGGAGUUGGUCAAUUCAACAGUAUUGGAUUACUCUCUGGCGUAAAGUCUCGGCAAAGAGACCCUCCUGAUGAUGAUAAUGUUGAAAAGAUAGAGCUUGAAUCUGAACAGAAAAACGAUCCUGCUGAAGAAGAAAAGGGGAAGAAUGAAGAUGAUGAAUUCGAAAGAUCUGAAUCAGGGAUCAUAGACGUAUGAUCUCCAGUAAACGAAGUGGUACAUCAUGAUAAACCUACCAUUCAGAAUAAAAAUCGCAAAAGAGAUGUUGCAAGUUAUAGUGAUGGGAUGAGGAUAAUGAAUCAGGAUAUUACCCCGACUAUUAACCCAGCUCUGCUGAACGAGUCUAACUUAUUUGAAAGUCAGGAAGUUUUACUGGACAGAGAGAAUAAGAGUACUUUUAAAGAUUAUGUAGAGACUCAAAUGUUCUUAUUUCAUUUCAACUUUGACUUUGAGCAUGAUGGAAUGAUACUUAACGAAGAUGGUGAAAUCCCUUCAUUCCCUUUUACAGAGUAUAAACCAACAGAAGAUGAGGUUUAUUACUAUUGAAAAUAUGUGGUACUCGCAUGCAAAAUGGAAAAAGAAAUUCCCCUGAUGGCUCUUGUGUACAUUGAAAGAUUCAUGACCCAAACAGGCAUGCUUAUCAACCACUGGAACUGGAGAAGAGUGGUCCUCACCGUUCUCUUAACAGCAAGUAAAGUAUGGGAUGAUGAUUCUCUUGAAAAUAUUCACUUCCCUCAGGUCAUGCCUGAUAUAACUUUGAAAGAAGUAAAUAACUUAGAGAAGAUAUUCUUAGAACUGAUUGAUUACAAACUCCACAUCAGAGGAGCAGAAUAUGCUAAGUACUAUUUCAUUCUGCAGACAAUAGCAAACGAGUUCAAAAAUGGCGAAUUGGAUAUUCCAAACGAGGGUCCUUUGGAUAUGACAAUGUAAAAGCAAUGCUAUUAAUUUUCAUCCAAUUGGAAUCCAUUAAAUGAUUCGAUUUA